AUGGCAAACUCAAACUCAAUAACAGUAACCUCCUCCACGAAGCACCAUUUAAAAAACGACAUUGUUUUUAGGCCGUGCCGCCACUGCUGCUGCUGCAUCACAUUCACAUUAGUGAUUUUUCUCUCCGCUGCAUCCAUCUUCGUGUUCUGGCCGUCGGAUCCAGACGUGAAGAUCGAACAGCUGAGCUUGAGGCACGUGAAAGUUCACCCGAUACCGCCGGUGAGUGCGGUGCUGCUGAUCUCAGUGGCGGUGAAGGUGCGAAAUGGGGACAUCUACUGGAUGGAUCUGACGGACGUGGACAUUGGAGUGAGGUACAGAGGGAUCAAACUGGGUCACGUGGAAACGGAGGAGUGGCACGUGAGAGGAUGGGGAUGGUGCCACGUGUUCGGUGAUAUUGAGUACAGUAGGUUACCAUCGUCGGAUGUGAUUCACUUGGUGGAGGACAUGACGAAGGGAAAAACCACCUUUCAUGUUCUUGUUGAGGUUUCUGGCCAGCUUGGAUUUCUUAUCUUUCGCUUUCCUUACGUCUUCAAGGCAAUACGAUCAUGUGACGUUUUGGUCAAUACAAAAAAUCAUUCAAUAAUUCAUCAACAUUGCCUCCAUAAAGACUCAUCAUGGUAAAAAUUGACGAUUAACUAAUUGACAUAGUAAGGAUGAACGGACGACAUUUGCUCUGCCAACUAAUGGAGCAAAGAAUUUAUCCAAGGAUGUAACUCCCACUAUGAGUAUAUAUACGUAUAGAAUUGGAUUUGAGUACAUGAGAUCAAUGCUAAAAAUCACAUAUUAUAAGAAGAUAAAUUAUUUUAGUGGCUGUUGCGCCAACUGUAAUGUUUGAGAAAAUUAUUGUAAGCUGUAAUGGUGGGUACAAAAUUUCCCAUUUUAAAUUAGGAAUUCAGAUUUUUCCAUCAUGUGAAUGUAAAUAAAAAUGAAUGUUGAAAAUAAUUAUAUCUUCUCUCCCAUAUUGGAAAUAAAUUAU